AUGGCUGAACAAGCACCUGGUAACACCUGUCAGUUCAGUGAAGGACAGACAGCACUUACAAUUUUACAUUUCAACGAUGUUUACGAGAUACAAGCGAGAUCCGAGGAGCCAGUCGGUGGAGCGGCUAGGUUUGCCUCCGCACUUAGAAAAUACAGACAUUUGAAUCCUUUUGUGGCGUUUAGUGGCGACUGCCUGAGUCCUUCUGUGCUUAGUACAGUUACAAAGGGAAAGCACAUGGUUGACAUUCUUAAUACAUUAGGCGUGCAUUGUGCUGUAUAUGGUAAUCAUGAAUUUGAUUUUGGCAUGGAUGUGCUUGAAGACUUUGUACAGCAAAUGAAAUUUCCAUGGUUUCUGAGCAAUGUCUAUAACCGAUGCACCUCCCAGACACUUGGGAAUGGUGUCGAAAGCAGCAUUAUUGAGUGGAAUGGCUUAAAAAUCGGUCUUUUGGGUCUUGUUGAAGAAGACUGGUUGGAUACUCUGUCUACAGUUGAUAAGGCCAAUAUUGAAUACAGAGAUUAUGUCUGUACAGCUAAUCGUCUUUCCCAACAUCUGCGAGAGUGUGGGGCUGACCUGAUCAUAGCCCUCACUCACAUGAGAUGGCACAAUGACAUAAGACUGGCGAAAGAGUCAAAAGAUGUGGACCUGAUUCUGGGUGGUCAUGACCACGAGUAUGGAGUUCAGGAAGUUAAUGGGAUUCUUAUUGUCAAAAGUGGCUCUGAGUUCAGAUAUUUAUCAAAAGUGGAUGUUAUGAAAACCAGUGGCAAGACAUUCAAGUACACAGUGCAAGAAAUUCCCAUUUCCAAAAUUUUUGAUGAAGAUCCAUGCAUUAAGAAGAUUGUAGAGGAAUAUUACAAAAACAUUCAGCACAUGCUUAGAAAAGUGCUUUGCCAUACCAAUGUGGAUUUGGAUGCACGGUUUGUGACAGUGCGACAUGCAGAAUGCAGUUUGGGAAAUCUAAUCACAAAUGCCAUGCUGGAGGCCACCCAUGCUGAGGUUGCGAUUCUGAACUCAGGCACACUACGUUCAGAUCGCAUACAUCCAGCAGGACCGUUCACCAUGCAUGACCUUUUGCAGAUCCUGCCUAUUAAGGAUCCUGUUCUGGUGGUUGAGGCUACCGGGCAGCAGCUUUAUGAUGGAUUGGAGAAUGGAGUCUGGAAUUACCCCACUUUUGAUGGAAGAUUUCCCCAAGUUGCUGGAAUACAGUUUGGCUUUGAUCCUGAAGCACCAUCAGGGAGAAGAGUUUUUCCAGAGUCUGUUAAAAUUCAAGGCCAAAAUUUGGAUAGGAAUGGGAAGUAUUUGGUUGCCAUCAAGGAAUACCUUUCAAAGGGCAAGGAUGGUUACUCAAUGUUCACUAGCUGCCCCCAACUUUUUCACACUGAGAAUGCUCAGAUACUAUCUACCAUUCUAAUCAACCAUUUUGAGUCAGGGGAGAAUAUCAAGGGCCAAAAGAAUUGCAAGUCAGGUCAUUCAAUGGACCUUCUCAAAGUCCCAGGCAACUCCUCUGUGUCUGACAUUGAGAUUACUAAAAGUGAUAUGAUGGAGAUGUCAGUAACUGUGGUGCCAGCAAUAGAGGGAAGGAUAAUGUGCAUACCUAGAAAGACAGCCAAUCAAAAAUAA